AUGGUUCCCGGGCCCAACCUGAAAGUGUCAGACCGGCCGGGUCUCAAGUCACCGCCGGAGGAUCGAACACUACGAUUCAGGAAAGAUGGCACUUUCCAUAUCGCUGUAUUUGAGGACCUUCAUUUCGCCGAGCGCGAAAGGACACUGAAAAGCAACUACAGUAAAUAUGUCCUCUCCGUCAUUUCGCCGCUUGUCAACGAGGGAUAUCUUUGGGCGUCGACCUACGGCAAUCACGACAGCGAGAUCAAUCUCGACCCGGAAGAAGACCAGGUUGACGCAUAG